ACACAAAUGUGGUCUUCAUGGAUGUUGUUGUCAUCAUUGGUUCUUCAAAUCGAUUCCAUAAUUUUCUCUUUUUAUAUUUGGUUGAUGAGAAAAUGGAGGAACAAACAAGGAGUAGCCUUAUAAACGGAAAGAAAGAAAAACUGGGGGAAAAAAGGGGGUUUUGAGAAUGAACAUGCGAAGAAAUGAUUUUAACUCUUUUUUUUUUUUUGGGGUAAAAUGCAGAACUCUGAAGGAGGAAUGGAAGUUUUUGAAGAUAUCCAGUGUUGAGGGAGAAUUCGAAUCUAAAUUAAAUUAGAAUCAACUGAUUGUUUUCAAUAAAUUUCUUUGAUAAAAAAGAGGUCGAAAUGGUGGCAUCGCAGUUAGCUGCUGUCUUAUCCAAGUUGCAAACAUUGUAUUCAGACCAUGCCUCUGUGGUCUCCAUGAACCUAUUCGUCGCGCUUCUUUGCGCUUCCAUUGUCAUCGGUCAUCUUUUGGAGGAGAACCGAUGGAUGAACGAAUCAAUUACUGCCCUUGCCAUUGGUCUUUGUACUGGGGUCGUUAUUUUGUUGACGAGUGGGGGUAAAAGCUCACGUCUUCUUGUCUUCAGUGAAGAUCUGUUCUUUAUUUAUCUUCUACCCCCUAUUAUAUUCAAUGCUGGGUUUUCUGUGAAAAAGAAGCAAUUUUUCCGUAACUUUAUUACCAUCAUGCUGUUUGGGGCUGUCGGUACAUUAAUUUCUUGGUCAAUUAUAUCUUUUGGUGUUAUCAAGUUCUUUAAGGAAAUGGACAUUGGUUCAUUGGAGAUUGGAGAUUUUCUAGCAAUUGGUGCAAUCUUUGCUGCUACAGAUUCUGUUUGCACACUGCAGGUGCUUAAUCAGGAUGAGACUCCAUUACUCUACAGUCUGGUUUUUGGAGAGGGUGUUGUAAAUGAUGCAACAUCAGUGGUGCUUUUCAAUGCAAUCCAGAGUUUUGAUCUCACUAAUACAAAUCAUAGAAUUGCUUUGGAGUUUAUUGGCAGCUUUUUGUAUUUAUUUUUAGCAAGCACUCUGCUGGGAGUGGCUGUUGGGCUGGUAAGUGCUUAUAUCAUCAAAACGUUAUACUUUGGCAGGCACUCAACAGACCGUGAAUUUGCUCUUAUGAUGCUCAUGGCAUACCUUUCAUAUAUCAUGGCUGAACUGUUCUAUUUGAGUGGCAUUCUCACGGUGUUCUUUUGUGGGAUUGUGAUGUCGCAUUAUACCUGGCACAAUGUUACAGAGAGUUCAAGAAUAACUUCCAAGCAUGCUUUUGCUACUUUGUCGUUUGUUUGUGAGACUUUUAUCUUUCUCCAUGUUGGAAUGGAUGCCUUGGACAUUGAGACGUGGAAAUUUGUAAAUGACAGACCUGGAACAUCAAUUAUUGUUAGUUCUGUACUGCUUGCACUGGUCAUGGCUGGAAGAGCAGCUUUUGUGUUUCCCUUGUCGUUUCUAUCCAACUUAGCACACAAAUCAGCUAAUGAAAAAAUCAGCUUUAGGCAACAAAUCAUAAUAUGGUGGGCUGGUCUCAUGAGAGGUGCAGUAUCUAUGGCACUUGCUUAUAAUCAGUUUACAAGGGCAGGGCACACUCAAUUGCGAUGGAAUGCCAUUAUGAUUACAAGCACCAUCACUGUUGUUCUUUUUAGCUCUGUGGUUUUCGGACUAAUGACUAAACCUCUAAUAAGGUUCUUGCUGCCUCAUUCUAAAGUAACAAGUGCACCCUCCGGAUCAUCAUCUCCAAAAUCGAUUACAGUGCCAUUUCUGGGAAGUACUCAGGACUCGUUUGAAGAUAGUCCAAAGGGAGUUCAACAGCCAAGCAGCAUUCGCGCACUUCUUACGACUCCAACACACACCGUUCAUUACUACUGGCGCAAGUUCGAUAAUGCCUUUAUGCGGCCAGUGUUUGGUGGGCGAGGUUUUGUUCCCUUCGUUCCCGGCUCUCCAGCAGAAAGGAGUGAACAUAAGCUACCUCAAUUGCAAUGAGACUGGUGGAUCAAAAUGUUCAAAAAUAUGUGUACUAUGCAUCCAAUGUCUUGUGAAGACUUCUCAAAGAAAUUUUACAAGGCUGCGCGGGAAGUGUGCAACGUAAUUGUUCUUUUUUAUUUGGCUCUGGUUAUGUACGUAGCAGUGGCGAAACUUCACACUAAAUUUUGAGGUGUCAAUUAGUUAAUAAUUUAAUCAAUAUCAUAUUAUAAAAAAACAAAAAAAAAAAACAUAAUUCAA